AUGGCGUCGACAAGCAAACAAUACAAGGCGAUCGGUGAGGAUAUAUGGAGAGGACGCACGGAGAAAAUCAAUGCCGAACUCUUUGCCCUCACGUAUGGCGCUCUCGUCGUUCAACUCAUCCAGGACUAUGAAGACUAUGCGGAAGUGAACAAACAGCUGGAGAAGAUGGGCUAUAACAUCGGCACUCGACUUAUCGAGGAUUUCCUCGCGAGGAGUAACCUGGGACGAUGCACGGACUUCCGUGAAGUGGGAGAGGUCAUCGCCAAGAUUGGUUUCAAAGCUUUCCUCAACAUUACCCCAACCGUAACUCACGCCGCCCUCCCUGCGCCUUCUUCGCCUCGGACGGGCGCCCCAACAUUGCAGCCAGGGGCUUCGGGGGCAUCUUUCGUCUUGACAUUCGAUGAGAACCCGCUGGCGGAAUUUGUGGAGCUCCCAGAAGAAGCGCUGGAGGGCGGGCUGUGGUUCAGCAAUGUCCUAUGCGGGGUUUUGAGGGGAUCACUAGAAAUGGUUCAAAUGCAGGUCAAGGCAGAGUUCCUGUCCGAUGUGCUCCGAGGGGAUGAGGCAACGGAGAUACGAGUUCAGUUGAUCAAAUAUCUGGAGGAGGAGGUUCCAGUCGGUGAUGACUAGACGCACAGCGAUUAGAACGUGUACGAUAAAUGAGAUUGCUUCAACUGGAGUCGGCACGCGCCAUUGCCAAGUUGCCGAUUCAUACGCUUGAUAAACCACCUCCCUACCCUCAGAACUCUCACCCCGGGUAACCACAUACACGGAUCAGAGCUAGGCGUAACGCUCGAUUCUGUUGAGUUUCCUCGCUGUCUUCGCGUUGGACUGUGUAUUCUGUCCCCUGACAGGAAGCCCCAUGGAGUGCCGUAAACCGACGUAGCUGCCGAUCUUGCGCUGGUGCGCAAUGUUCUCCCGGACCUCUCUCUUGAGCUCGGACAAUAUCUUGAGGUUCCGAAGGAGGUCGUGGCUUCUCCCAUUCUUAUUGUCCUUGACCGCCACUGGAAUCGGCUGCGGGAGCUUUUGCAGAGGCGUAGAGGCGGGAGGCGGAACGAACGAAGGGCCGGCUAGUGGUAGACGAGGAGGGGCUGGUGCAGUGGAUGGAGAAGAGAGUAAUGCUUGUAGCGCUGUGAUCUGCGUUCUUGAAAGGUCCCGCAUUUUGGCAGUGUUGUGUAUUUGCAGGCGGGCACAUAUGCGGUGUGCGGUUGUCCUGCCAAUCCCGUAAAUGUGGGUGAGGGCAUAUCUAGCCAACUGGUGGUCCGGCAACAGCACACCCAGUACGUGGACCAUGGUCGGAGGAAGGAGGUCGCGACUCGGCGAC